AUGUCUAGCUACUUUAAUUUCUUCCAGGAUAUCCAGAAACAGAGAAACGGAUGUCAGACUUCCGCAAGUUUGAAGCUGUCAAAUGGUUAUAUUUUACCUGAAGGUAAAAUGACUCCAAACACACUUUUUGUUGGAGGAAUCGACAUGAAGGUGGAUGAGAACGAAAUCCGGGACUUCUUUGCGAGAUUUGGUGCCGUGAAGGAAGUGAAAAUCAUCACUUACCGUGGAGGUAUCUGCAAAGGUUAUGGAUUUGUUUACUUCAAUGAAGACGUCGACAUCCAAACCAUCGUUGAACAACAGAUCAGUUUUAAAGGGAGGAAACUCAAGCUGGGUCCAGCAAUCAUGAAAGAAAGGAGCUCACGUUCCAUGCCGUCUCACCUGGUUGGUCAGGCCCCCUGGUUAACCCCCUCCCAGUACAUCUACUGCACUUGCUGCUCUCCUAUGGGCGGGGGCAUGGCUCAGCCUUCACCUGUACUCAAUGGCGGCAAUCCCUACUUCCAGCCUUACUCGUACAACGGCUUUCCAGGAGUCAUGAUUCCACAGAUGCCCAUGAGCUACUCACAAACCGCUUACGCGUACCAGUACGCCUCACCACACUGGACUGGGGAGCAGAGGACACGGCUCAUCAACCAGAACUUUGUGGACUGCGGAGUCCAGACUCUGCUGUAG